CGCUUCUCGACUUGAACAUAUCCCCGCCAUGAGAGUACUGCGCCCCGGCAAUCUCUGUGAAAGCAGCCGAAGCUGCUGUCUUUGGUCCGCACCAUGAUAGAGUCUUGCGCAUAGUACACCGCGAAGCAAAACACCGCCAUGGCCUACGAUACCUCGACCGGCUAUGCUGCGCCCAGCACGAGCAACUUCCAGGAUACCGAAGCCUCGCUUCCCAUGUUCAACAUUGAGCGUGUAUCGCUACAGUUCUCUGUGUCUUCAGACUUCGUCGCAGCGGCAGUCGCCAACAACGUCCUAAUUCUCGCUCUCUCGACCGGGCGCAUUCUACGGAUUGACCUGGAUAAUCCCGCAGACAUCGAUGAUAUCGAUCUACCAAAGAGGCCUUCGGAAAUCGGAGUCAUAAAGCGUCUCUUCCUCGACCCCUCCGCCUCACACCUCAUCAUAACCACCACCCUCGCCGAGAACUACUACCUGCACACACAAUCCCGGACUCCCAAGGCUCUGUCGCGCCUAAAAGGCGUCGCCAUCGAGAGCAUAUCUUGGAACCCUUCCCAGCCAACCGCGUCAACACGAGAGAUCUUGGUCGGAGCGGCCGACGGGAAUGUCUACGAAGUGUACAUUGAGCCCUCGUCCGAAUUCUACCGACGGGAAGAGCGAUACUUGAAAGGGGUAUACAAGACCAAUGAUGGCCCUGUUACUGGCUUGUGGGUGGAUAUCAUUCCAGGUAGGAAUGACCUGCGGCGAGUCAUCGUUGCAACACCAUCAACCUUCCUGCACUUUGCUGGAAAGGUCGGACGACACAGUCACGAGGGAAGCGGAUCAAUAUUCUCGAGACUAUUUGAGAGCGAGUCCGCCACAGUGCAUGAGGUGUCGAAUGUCUCACCUGGAGCUACCUCCCUGCUGACUGUUUCGCCGGAGAGCCAGGAGACGCCGACGUUGGAUCACACGAACACCGAGAGGAUAUUCGGCUGGCUCACGUCGCAAGGGGUCCUUCACGGCAAGCUUUACCUUUCUUCGGAUACUGCUGAAAUAGGCGGCAAAGUUUUGAGCGACUCCAAGAUGCUGCCUAGAUCGCAGAUCCCUCCGUCACAGACCGCUAGCGGACGUACUAGACGUACGCAAGAGCCGGUUAGCUCCAUGAUACUUAGCCAAUGGCAUAUUAUGCAGCUAGUCGAGGGAAGAAUAGUGGCCAUCAACCGACUAGACGACACAGUAGUGCUUGACCAGGUAGUGCUGGAGCCUGGCCAAAGCGCUCUUGGUCUCGUAGCGGACAUCAAGAAGAACACCUACUGGCUGUUCACCAACCAGGAGAUCUUUGAGGUCGUUGUGACAGACGAAAGCAGGGACGUCUGGAAGAUCAUGCUAAAAGCACAGCAAUUCGACGCAGCAUCUCAGUACGCCAAGACUGCGUCUCAGAAAGACGCAGUAGCAACAGCCUCCGGUGAUUACCUGGUCGGUAAAGGGCAAUACCUUGAAGCCGCCACGGUUUAUGGACGAAGUACCAAGCCUUUUGAGCAAGUAGCUCUCACGUUCAUAGACAAAGGCGAGCAAGAUGCGCUGCGCAAAUAUCUCCUCACCAAGCUUUCGACCCUCAAGAAAUCGGCCACCAUGCAGCGAAUGAUGGUAGCCACAUGGCUAAUCGAGUUGUACAUGGCGAAGCUCAACACGCUGGACGAUACCAUCACCACGAAGGCCGAGCUAUCAGAGAGCAUGAACACAGCCGAGACUCAGGAUCAGCUUUCGGUCAUCCGCAAAGAGUAUCAAGAAUUCGUUACCAAGUACAAGUCCGAUCUAGAUCGCAAGACGGUUUACGAGAUCAUUAGUAGCCACGGAAGGGAGGAGGAGCUUCUUUACUUCGCCACGGUUGUGAAUGACUACAACUAUGUCCUCGCUUACUGGGUACAGAGGGAAAGAUGGCAGGAGUCUAUGGAUGUCCUCAAGAAACAAACAGACCCUGAGAUCUUCUACAAGUACAGUAGCGUUUUGAUGGCGCACGUACCUACUGAUCUCGUCGAGAUUAUGAUGAGGCAGACCAACUUGGACGCGCAAAAGCUCAUUCCUGCCUUCCUCAACUACAAUAACAUCACGAAAGCGCCGUUGAAUCAGAAUCAGGCGGUCAGAUAUCUCGUCUUCGAAAUCAAUCAGCACCAGUCCACCGAUGCCGCGAUCCACAACACGCUCAUAUCGAUAUAUGCUUCACAUCCCACGAGCGACGAAUCCGCUCUGCUUGCUUAUCUGGAGGGCCAGUCGUAUGCGAACGAGCAGAAUUACGACGCGGACUUUGCUCUCCGUCUGUGCAUCGAGCACAAACGAGUUCAGUCCUGCGUUCACAUUUAUAGCUCCAUGGGCCAAUAUGUGCAAGCCGUGGACCUGGCGCUGAAAUACGACGAGAUCGACCUGGCAAGCAGCGUCGCCGACCGCUCGCACACGGAACCAGCCUUGCGAAAGAAGUUAUGGCUUGCGAUCGCUAAGAAGGUGAUCUCGCAGUCGUCAGGCAUCAAAACGGCUAUCGAAUUCUUACGUCGGGUAGAUUUGUUGAGGAUCGAAGACCUCAUUCCAUUCUUCCCCGACUUCGUAGUCAUCGACGACUUCAAAGAGGAAAUCUGCACUGCGCUGGAAGACUACUCGCGGAAAAUCGACGAGCUGAAGAAGGAGAUGGACGACAGCGAAGAGACAGCAGCUCAUAUCAAGACGGACAUUAAAGCUCUGGAGCAGCGAUACGCCAUUGUAGAACCAGGAGAGCGUUGCUAUGUAUGCGGCCUGCCACUGCUCGCUCGGCAGUUCUUUGUCUUCCCUUGCCAGCACGCUUUCCACAGUGACUGCUUGGCCAAGAAAGUCGUUGAGCUUGCAGGAAUUGCGAAAGGGAAACGGAUUGCCGAGUUGCAGACAGAGGUUAGCAAAGGGACGAGCGUAGGGCCGAAAAGGGAGAAAGCUAUUCGCGAGCUGGAUGCUCUCGUUGGCUCCGCUUGUGUUCUUUGCAGCGAGAUGGCUGUUAAGCUGAUAGAUGAACCGUUCAUUAAGGCGAUGGAUGACAAGGAGGAAUGGGCGCUAUAGAUUCGUAAUAGAGAUACCUCUGACACGUACGUGUCUUGUAUUUGAAAUAUCAAC